AGAAGAGAAAAAAGUCAGAGAAAACUUGUAAACUAUACUGUAAUGUUGAAAGAAAUUAUCUUCUACGUUUGUAUUACAUAAUUCAAGCUAUACAAACAAAGAUUAAAACUUAACUCGUAUUACCAUUGUGGUAUCAAGCUAUACAUUACGUUCUGUCAAGAUUGAAAUUUAAAUUGCGCUCGCAGUAGGUGAAGUACGAGUAUCGUCAAUGAUAGUGAUUAAAUAGGAAAAGAACACUGCUAAUAUAUCAUCGUAUCUGAAAUCUAAGAAAAAUGUCCGAAAGAAAAUUAGCUUUAUUGAGUGUUUCCGAUAAAACAAACAUUUUAACUUUUGCAAAGAAGCUUGAAGAGUUUGGUUUUACAAUUGUUGCAUCAGGCGGCACAGGUAAAGCUUUGAGAGAUUCAGGUAUCAAUGUUAAUGAUAUAGCAGAUAUCACUGGUGUACCUGAGAUACUUGGUGGUCGUGUGAAAACUUUACAUCCCCUUAUCCAUGGUGGUAUUUUGGCCAGAUUAACAGAAUCUGAUAAAGAAGAUCUUAAAAAACAGAAUUUUGAAUAUAUCUAUAUUGUUGUUUGCAACCUGUAUCCAUUUGUUGACAUUAUUUCCAAUCCAGAUGUAACUAUAGAUGAUGCAGUGGAGAACAUAGACAUAGGAGGAGUGACUUUAUUGAGAGCUGCUGCCAAAAAUCACUCGAGAGUAACAGUUAUCUGUGACCCCAACGAUUAUGAAAAGGUUAUCACAGAAUUAGAAAGUUCACCAACCAAUGAUGUAUCAUUGCAAACAAGGCAGAACUUAGCAGUUAAAGCUUUCACGCAUACGGCACAGUACGACGAUGUCAUUUCGAAUUACUUCCGCCGCCAAUACAGGACCAAUAUAUCACAGCUCACCUUACGUUACGGUAUGAAUCCAUACCAAAAACCAGCCCAGAUCUUUACAGUGCUUGACAAUCUUCCAAUCAAAGUAGUAAACGGUUCACCCAGCUUCAUAAAUCUUUGCGACGCACUUAAUGGGUAUCAGUUAGUGAAGGAUCUUAAACUCGCCUUGGGACUUCCGGCAGCAACUUCGUUCAAACAUGUUAGUCCUGCAGGAGCCGCCGUUGGAAUUGCCCUCAACGACAUCCAGGCCAAAUUAUGUCAAGUGGAUGACAUUGCUGAUAAACUCACGCCACUUGCGGUGGCUUAUGCAAGAGCGCGUGGAGCUGACAGGAUGUCCAGCUUUGGAGAUUUCAUUGCUCUAUCCAAUCCCUGUGACGCUAUCACCGCCAAAAUUAUUUCAAGAGAGGUGUCGGAUGGAAUUAUUGCGCCAGGCUACAGCCAAGAAGCUCUCACAUUGCUGCAAAAGAAAAAGAAUGGUGGCUAUUGCAUACUCGACAUUGACCCGAACUACGAACCUUCGAACAUAGAACGAAAAAUGAUUUAUGGACUGACGCUCGAACAGCAACGCAAUAAUGCCAAAAUCGAACGGUCGACAUUUAAGAAUCUUCUGAGUCAGACAAAAGAUCUACCGGAUUUCGCUGUGAGAGACCUCAUUGUGGCCACCAUUGCCGUCAAGUACACCCAGAGUAACUCCGUAUGCUAUGCCAAGGAUGGACAGGUUAUCGGCAUCGGAGCUGGACAACAGUCGAGAAUACAUUGCACCAGACUUGCAGGGAACAAGGCAGAUAAUUGGUGGUUACGUCAGCAUCCGAAUGUAAUUAAUAUGAAGUUCAAAAAAGGUGUAAAGAGAGCUGAAAUAUCGAAUGCGAUAGAUAAUUAUGUGAAUGAUACAGUUGGUCGAGAUAUGCCUGAAAGCGCAUGGGCAGCUUUAUAUGAAAUUGUACCGGAAAAGCUUAGCGAAACCGAUAAGGACGAAUGGAUAAAAAAACUUAAUAAUGUCGCCCUCAGUAGCGAUGCUUUUUUCCCUUUCCGUGAUAAUAUUGAUAGAGCGAAGUUGAGUGGAGUACGCUAUAUUGGAGCACCUUCUGGUUCAACAAAUGAUGAAUCUGUGAUACAAGCUUGCAACGAACACGAUAUUGUCUGGGCGGAUACUGGCAUAAGGCUGUUCCAUCAUUAAAUAAAACGAAAAAAAUUAUUUUUAUAUAAUUUUUUAAAUAUUUCCAUAACGAU